ACUAAAAAACCGAAACGUUUCGCUUGUGAGGUGUCCCUGCAUUUUCUAAGGCAGUUUUCAUUUUUCAUUAUUUUCGAAUGACACAAAAUGCCGGAAAGAUCGCUGAAGAAUUGGUUUAAGCUCGCCUUUCACUUAUUUGUGAGUGACCAGUGGGAUAAAGUCGAAGAAAUCGUGCAGGAAAAUGAUUCCACGUACAGAUGGCUGAAGGAACAAAUUCUGCGCGAGAUACGCAAGGUAGAAGAAAAUGCUUUUCGCAGUUUUCUCGGCUCCGCAGCACUGAAUAUCCGCGACAGGUUGAUCACCAUAAAACAUGUGAAUCCAGACGAAGAAAUUUUCAACAAGGUCAAAUUUUGGCUGAAGCAGCAGACGGGAAAAUUUGUUUUAGAAGACAGUGACAUCGCGACAGAAGACAGGGUAUUAGGAUGCAAGAUCGCUUUGCUCGAGGCGUCGUUCAUCUACCUCGACGAGAGCGAGAUGGUCGCGAAUUUAUUUCGGCAUCUGCUAAAUAAGCUGCGAGGUAUUGCCGGAGUUGAUUCUGCCAUUGAAGAAAAAAACAACCCUACAGUUUUGGCCCAGGUCAAAGUCAUCAACGAUGCAGCGAUGGAAUACGUAAGAAGCAUUGGGCAAGAACUUGGAGAGUGGCCCGACUUUGAUAUCUUCGCUGAGGCCCUACCGAGUGAGAAGAUUGAUUAUGAGCCCCCAGCGAUUUGGUGCUUCGGUGAUUAUGGUAUGGCCGAUGGUCAAAUGUGCUACCCAGAGAAAGUGGCCAUUGAUGAAGAGGGGCAGUUCCUUGUGUUGGAAGAGCACACGAUCGGAAUGGGAGACGUCGUGACCAUCCAACGGAUUCAGCUCUUUAAUGCUAAAGGAAAGUUCUUGAAAUGUCUUUUGAAGCGGGGCGAAGGGAAGGUCAACGGUAUGAUGGAUUUCUGCCUCACCAAAGAUGGAAACAUUCUUGUCGCAGACGAAAAUGAAAACGGCGUUGGCAUGAUUCAGAUUUUCGAUUACGAAGGUAACAGGCUCCUACAAAUCAUUCCGGAGGUCCAUGAUCAAGAAGUCCAUCCCCGCUUCUCAAGCGUUGCUAUUGAUCCCGAUGGUAAUAUUAUCGCGGGGGAUUCCUCAAGCUUGAGUAUCUACAUCCUGAGCACCACGGACGGAAAGACCCUUUGCAAGUUUGGAAAGUUUGGUCGUGAAGAGGGCGAAUUCCAGGCUAUCAGUAAUGUCAGCUGUGACGAUUCCGGUAAGAUCUACGUGUCCGAUCCAGCGCUGAACAGAAUCCAAAUUUUCAAUGAAGCUGGCGACUACCUACAUACAUUUGGUCCAAGGGGUACUCACUUGCGCUUCUUGCUGUUUGAUUCUGCGAGUGGUGAGGUUUACGGCUCUGACUACAGAAAUCACAAGGUGAAAGUGUACUCCACGACUGGGGAACCUCUCAGGGAGCACGGAAACUAUGGCACCGCCCUACAUGAGUGUUGGUUCCCAUUAGGACUGGCUCUGACGCCUGAUGGGAAGAUUGCUAUAGCUGAGAGAGAGAAUCACAGGAUCACAGUGUUAAAGAUAUAAGAUGACGAUUGAAAGAUUGACGGAUGAGGAAGAAGAGGAAAAAUUUUGUGAAAAUCUUUGAAAAUUUUGUUGGGGAAUGUUAGUUAUGAAUUAAGUCAUCGAUUAAAUGUACUAGUAAAUAUUUUAAUAUUUACUUAUUAAAAUUAUGUCACCAAAUUGUAAGUGAUUGCAUCAGAGAGUGGGACAGAUUUUACAAUAUUGUACACAAAAUCCGUAAGCAAUUUUACUGUAAGAAAGAAGUUGUAAUUUCACGCGUUUUGUCCGCGUAACAAGAAAGGGGAAACGUGCUGUUGGGUAAUUAGAAUUUAAUAUAGACAGAUUGCGAUCGGUUUUGGGUUGGGAUUUUACUGUACUCGUAGUUGUGGGAAAAAUACUAACAAAUAUAGUUAUGAAAGACGAUCUAUAUUGUGGUAGAUUGUAGUUUAAGUUAGAUUUUCUCGAACGUUUGAACUGUUAUAACGAGAGAAUUGACAAAAUCGUCUGAGCGGUUAUGUUGGAAUUGUUAGAAUUGUUAAAAGGAAUUUUCAGAACGUCGGCGGUGUUCGUCGAGAAUAAAUCUUGGGAUAAAAAGAUA